AUGGCAGAAAGUUGCCUGCCACAAAUCUGCAUGGAGCCCUUGGCGCCGAAGCCAGCUGAAACGCCAAUAGAGCAACUACAAGCGCUUGUGAGUCUCGUCGAAGCUGCGAGACUGCAGUCUCGGCCCCUCACGGCUGAGGAGGAUGCCAAGAUUGAAGCUGCCCGCGAUUCCAAGGCCCCGCUGGUCGCAAUCGCGGCGAUGCAGGCAGGCGAUGCAGAUCGCACGGAGCUGUGCAGCCUUGGCCACCGCCUUUGGGCAGCUUUGGGUUAUGCAACUUCCGAGAAGAAGCAAGAUGCAAAAUGCCGAAACUUGGCCUGCGAGCUCUACGCUGCGGGCUCUAAAGGAUCCAGUGAAAGUGUGAGUCAGGAGAUGCUGGCGAUCCACUGGGCACUGGCCGGGCGCGCAUGGGUCCUGGCGUCCGACGACCAAAAAGCGCUUAUGUGCUUUGCGGAAGCCUUGCAACCAUUCAGAGCGCAGCCGCAGCGCUGCCAUGCCAAAUUGGCAGAGCUUGCGGCGCAGACAAAUUUGUGGAUGGCCGAUGCCCAUUUUCGGCAAGCGACCUACAAGGAAGCCUUUGCAGACCUCGCGGCUGUCCGCGAGCUGCUUGCCCUCCGUCCUGAGAUUCGACCAGCACAGUUGGACGCACUGCUUUUUCAUUGCCACAAGCAGGCUGUCUCCCAUCACUCUGCGGGCAACUUGUCGGAAGCCGUUGAACUGCUGAACCUCGCGGUGGCAGCGGUGCCAGCAGGCGGCGCAGUGGUCGCAUUCACC